AUGGACGCUGCAACGACCAAGGCUAUGCGGGUGGCAUCUUUCCUUUGGGACACCGUCAGUGUCUUGCAUGGCUUGAAGGCAGAGGUGGAGUCCCAGGGAUCAUGGCUGGAUGACACCAUUGUCGUGGACAUGACCCUAUCCCAAACUUCGGAGCUGCAGCGGGUGAGAUAUGGACCACAGGGCAUAACUCUUGAUCCGACAGAGGGUCAAACUAUGGAGAAACCCGAUUUGCUUCUCUGGGCGAUCGAUAAGAAGAAGGACUACGCAAACAUGGAGGCUUUGUCUGAGAAGAUAAAGCAGCUGAAGCCUCGAUACAUUAUGGCUUUCUCCAAGAAUGACUUGACUCAAGAAGUGGCAGGGGCCAAGCUACAGUUCAGCCGGUUGAUUCAUGCUGCCGAAUGGGGAGUGUCCAUGGCUGGCCCUUGGCGAGCUGUGCUGGUCUUUGCGACCGAAUCUUCUUUGCCAACGGCUGCCACCGUCUACGAUGCCAUCCUGAGCGAGGCCGGCAAGCAGGAGAAAGAAAACUUCAGUUCCAUUCUGCUCGGCAAGUCCGCCUACAGACAUCGAAAGCAGACAAAAGCAUCCAAAAAACGCCCUCUCGAAGACGAUGCUGCCAUGGAACCCGCUGAGCCUGUGAAGGACCCUGAGAACAAGGAGGAAGAUGAAUUCAGCAAGCUGAGGGGUGUGGUUUUGCCUGAGGAUUGGAAAGCUCCGGAAGAGACGCCCUCCGCCCUUGAAGGCUUCUCGGCGACUCAGUCAAAGAAUGCCUACGUCAUGAUGCACCAGAUCCAGAAGCUCCCGAUGCCUGCAUUGAUGGUAUUCUCGUCGCGGAAGGUGCUAUCGACAAUGGCUUCCGUGGAUAUGGCCCUGACAAUCCGCCAGGACAUCGUUCUGCCCGCAAUGGCGGCCACCCAGGACAGCUCCGACAAGAAGCCAUUCGUUCGAGAGAUUUUGCCGAUGGAGAUCUUCAUGGCCAAGCAGUGGGAUGGUGAGCUUUUUAAUAUGUCCUUCGUGAGCCCUUCCACUGCAGACGUGGCCGCCAGUCUAGCACCCAUGAAGCCAAUGUUAGUGGCUCUGUUGGUUGCAAUUGCCGCCCAAGAAUGUGAUUUCUGA